AUGGAUCCCGAAAUCGAGUACAUCCUCAGCCUCAAGGCAGUGCGUGAACAGGCACAUAAAGUCCUUGAGUUAGCCGAACAAGGAAAACUGACCCACUUCAACUAUCACCACGAGAAGCUGAGUGUAGCUGCCGAUUAUGUUAUAGAACUAAUCCAGCGCGAUUUUGGACCAGAUAAAUACAACCUCAUUCCACCGCAUGGACGCUGGCAACAUUUUGAAGUCGGAGGUCUUCCUCGCAUAGAAAGUUUACUGAGUCAGUGGGAAGGGAAAGGAUAUGAUAAUGUAGAGAGAGUGCGUGGUCUUGUGGACCUUUUCUUCGUUUCUGUUCUCUUGGAUGCCGGUGCCGGGGAUGUUUGGAAAUUUCAGGAGCCCGGGAGCGAACAGACGUACAAUCGGAGUGAGGGUAUAGCAAAUGCGUCAUUGCAUAUGUUUUUGAACGGUGAUUUUGCUUCGGAGGGCUCGUCGAGGGAGGACAUUGUGGAAGCCGCUGCGCUGAGGUUACCACAUGCAGAGAAAUUCUAUCGAGGCUUCCAGAUCCAGAAGACUAAUCCACUGCUAGCAGUCGACAAACGUAUGGAGCUAUUACGAAGACUAGGUGAUUCUCUUUUGAACUUCCCGGAAAUCUUUGGUGCAAAUGGCCGACCAGGUCAUCUUGUAGACUACCUUCUCUCUAAGGCAAGUGGUUCGGGUGAAAUCGACUAUAUCGAGUUAUGGAGUGUUCUUCAGAAAGUUUUGAUCCCGAUCUGGCCAUCUGACCGUACGCAUGUUGACGGACAUGCCGUGGGCGAUGCAUGGCCUCUAACUUGUCUCGCCAAAUCCUCGGAUCCAAACACCAGCAACAAAACAUCAGCCAUCCAGCCAUUCCACAAACUUACCCAAUGGCUCGCAUAUUCGCUGAUGGUACCCUUUACACGAUUACUGGACAUCACCUGGGUUAAUCCAGAUCAGGGCACGGGACUCGCCGAAUAUCGAAAUGGUGGAUUAUUUGUUGACAUGGGUGUAUUGACUCUAAAGGAAGAAUCUCUUGCGAGGGGUUUACAAGGCUCAAGCAACGAUGACGGGCUUCCGUGUUUUGGGGCUAGCGAUGAUGAAAUUGUGGAGUGGCGUGCUCUGACUGUUGCGCUUUUGGAUAAACUGCACGAUAUCAUCAAGUCAAGUCCUCGGUUCAAUGGUGUUCAGUUGACGUUGCCCCAGGUCUUGGAGGCGGGAUCUUGGAAGGCUGGACGAGAGCUGGCUGCUGAGAAACGGCCGCUGACAAAGUCGAGUCCUAUUAUAAUUCUAGGUGAUGGGACAUUAUUCUAG